AUGAACAAAAGCUAUUUCGAUAAUAAUCCCCCCCCUAUAUAUCCAAGCCGUAUGUUUGCAUGCCGACAAAUGCUUCUUUCUUAUUGGAAAUCAGGAAUAGAGAACUAAUAUAUGUUACAGCUAUCGGCACCGGUACUCCUUUAUGGAAAGACUCUUAUGUGAAGGCUAUGUCCAUGAUAGAUCAUAUGACAACCGAAGAAAAGGUUAGUCAUUCAAUCAAUAUUCUUCAUUUUUACGGUAGAUGUUGAUAACCUUAGUCCAAACUCACCACAGGUGCCAUGAACACAGGCAAUGGGUGCUCAGGAAUCAUCCCAGCGAUCCCACGUUUCGGUUUCCCAGGAAUGUGUUUUCAGGAUUCGGGCAACGGUGUUAGAGGUGUAGAGUUUUCAAGUAGCUUUCCGAGCGGUAUUCACGUUGGAGCAAGGUAAUUGUUCUCAGUAUAAGUGGAUUUACUCGUGCUAAUUUACUAGCUGGAACAAAACACUCGCUUAUCAACGAGCAUCCGUCAUGGCUGGUGAGUUUCGCGCACUUGGUGUCAACGUUGUACUCGGUCCAGGUAUGUGAUUUUUUUAAUAGCCCGAAACAAGUUCUUCGACUAAUAUGAGCAGUUGUCGGGCCACUUGGACUCAGGGAGGCAGAAAUUGGGAAGGUAAACUCAAUAUUUCAGUCAUCUCAUCACUCAAAAAGCUAAUUUUUCCCCGAGGGUUUUCAAAUGAUCCUUAUCUUUGUGGUUCAUUGGCUUCCGAGACAGUUCAUGGAAUACAAGCGCAAGGGCUCAUAGCUAGUACCAAGGUAGGCUUUUACAUCAUGCGUUUUUCUAAUACAUGACAGAUCUGACUUCUUGAAUUUGUAGCACUUCAUCGGUUAUGAACAGGAGACUAACAGAAACCGUGUCACCUCUAUGCCUGGUCAGAAUAUUGAGUUAAUUUCUUCAAACAUUGAUGAUAAGACCAUGCACGAGCUUUAUUUGUGGCCUUUUCAAGGGAAGUCAAUCUCAUCUACAUGUCAAUUUUUUCUAAUGCUCUUCUAGAUGCCGUACACGCUGGUACUGGCAGCAUUAUGUGUUCUUACAAUCAGAUCAAUAAUACCUACGGCUGUCAAAACAGUAAGACACUGAAUGGGUUAUUGAAAACAGAGUUGGGAUUCAAUGGAUUUGUGGUUUCAGAUUGGGAUGCUCAGCAUUCAGGAUUUGUAUCCGCACUUUCAGGCUUGGAUGUGGCAAUGGCAUUACCAGGUAAGAACGAAACAUGAAGUACCUGGCCUUCCUCUGAAACAUUUGAGAAAUAGGCUAUGAAGUAUUCUGGGGCCCAAAUCUAACAGCGGCCGUCAACAACAAUUCCAUGCCGAUAUCAAGGCUAGAUGAUAUGGCUACAAGGUGAGAUAGAGAUACAAUAGGCUAUUUGAAACACUUACUGAAACAGCAAUCAAGGAUUUUGGCAACGUAGUAUCAGAUGGAUCAGGAUGAAACUUGCCCGUCACCUGGCAACAGCAUCCCGUAUGAUCUUCUCAAACCUCAUACGCCAAUCAACGGAAGAGACCCCGCCUCGAAGCAAAUAUUGCUUGAGAGUGCAGUACAAGGUCAUGUAUUGGUGAAGAAUGUGGAUAAUUCCCUACCACUGAGGUCCCCAAAACUUCUUUCGUUAUUUGGCUACGAUGCGAAGGCCCCUGAUCAAAAUAAUCCCGGGCCGGGCUAUUCAUCAUGGACAUAUGGGUUUGAAGUUGCCGAUAUAGAUGAGGCUCUUCCAUAUUUUCUUGAUUACCAACCAGAUACACCAUAUCACAAAUUGCGAUAAACGGCACACUGAUCAGUGGAGGCGGUUCCGGUUCUAAUAACCCCUCCUACAUCAGUUCGCCUUUCGAUGCAAUACGCCAGCGGGCCUUUGAUGAUGGAGGUAGCAUCUUCUGGGACUUCAUCAACGUUAAUGCGACAGCAAACGUCGACCCGGCAUCAGAUGCAUGUUUGGUGUUUAUCAAUGCUUUUGCUAGUGAAAGUAUUGAUCGGGUUGAUUUGCACGAUGAUUACUCCGAUGCGUUGGUCAACAAUGUAAGCUGAAUACCAUCACACUAGACCAGGGGUGUAAUUCAAACUGACAUGUAGGCAGAUUGCGGACCAAUGCAACAAUACUAUCGUUAUAAUACAUAACGCUGGUGUGCGCCUCGUAGAUCAAUUCAUCAACCACGAUAAUGUUACCGCUGUUAUAUUUGCUCAUCUACCAGGGCAAGAAUCUGGUCGCACUCUCGCCUCUAUUCUCUACGGAGACACUGCACCUUCUGGUAAACUCCCGUAUUCUAUUCCUAUGAAUGAGUCUGACUACGGAUUAUUUUUGUCCCCCUCCCUUCCGGAACCUCCGUUUGAGUACUUUCCCCAAUCGAACUUUACAGGAGGCAUUUAUAUCGAUUAUCGUGCUUUUGACUUGCAAAAUAUUACUCCGCGGUACGAGUUCGGCUAUGGGCUAUCAUAUACCACUUUCUCGUACUCUAACCUAUCAGUUAAAAAUUUUUUACAAUCGCCGUUACCAGAGUUCCCUUCCGGGGCGGUGAAGGAGGGCGGUAUGGAGGACUUGUGGGAUAUCAUUGCACAAGUAAGUGUACAAGUUGAGAAUUCAGGAAUCAUGGAUGGCGCAGAAGUCGCUCAGCUAUACGUUGGAGUACCUGGUGGGCCAGUCCGACAGCUUCGAGGUUUUAACAAAAUUGAGAUCACACCACGGGAAAAGGUGACAGUGGGCUUUGAGUUGACUCGAAGAGACCUGAGCACCUGGGAUGCUAAAUCGCAAAUGUGGAAGCUGCAGAAGGGGACUUACAAUAUAUACGUUGGUGGGAGUAGCCGAGAACUGCCACUUUCGGGUGUGAUAAACUUAUAG